AUGCCCCUGUCUCAGAGCAAGGCUGGGCAGAUGCCGUGCAACAGCAAGGUCUGCAGGAACCUCUUUGGCCCCGUGGACCACCAGCAGCUCCAGCACGACUUUGAGAACCUCUUGAAGCAAAACCUGGAAGAAGCUCAGCAGCGCUGGAACUUCGACUUUGAGACCGAGACUCCCUUGGAAGGACAGUUCCAGUGGGAGAGGGUCUUCCUGCCUGAGGAGCUGCCCCAGGAGGUCCACAGCCUGGUCAAGGCCACCAGCAGCAAGAGCAGGAGCUCCUUGGUCCACAAGGUCCCCUCCAAUGAGUAUCUUGGCAGGAUUUGCCCUGAGGGAUCUCAGCAGAGCUCAGGGGUUUACAGGGCUGGUGCCCCGCAGAGCUUGAAACGUGGGCAGACCACCAUCAAAGACUUCUACAGCUCCAAGCGGAGGAUCGCCCCUGAGAAGCCCAAGCCAUGA